AUGCCGACGACAUCAUCUGCCCCGGUGUACGUCCCUAGUGCGAGUAGAAAGCUUCGAAAAGCCGGCGACACCCCGUACAUGUCCAUCCACAGCUUAACCCGGCGCAGAUUCCCAGUGCGAGUGAGAAGCAUGGGGCGCCUCAGUCACACUAUUCCACCACGGCCCACCGUCCACGGGGUGUACCAAGGGUGCGAACCAAGGCCGUGCCCACGUUUCUUGCUUCCCGUUACCCAAAGCCGUCUCCAGCAAUGGGCCGACCACGUCUUGCUGUCGGGACCCUUUGGAGACUGCCGCGCCGGCACAGUGCUUCCGGUCCACGUACAACUAACCAACCCCCGUAACGGCACUACCUCCUCGCUGCAGGCAAUCCCAGAAGCCUUCCGGGGAAGGACGCCUGCCUUUCCGGCUGGCAAAGUUUUUUUUUGUGCCACGCUGGCUCGCAUCGCGAGAUUGGGCCUUGUCUUGUGCGCCUCUAUGCGGGUGGCGCGCCGAGCCGCCGAUCGGACUCUUCCUUCACCGCGAUCAGUGGAAAACUCGUCAAAGGGGAGAUCUGUCGAUUAUACAUGGGUGUUGCGAGGAAAGGCGUUCCGUGUAGUGACGGUGCUUAGGGCGACAGGUUGA